UGGCGCUUCAGGUACUUCCAGGUGCAGUUGAUGAAACAGCAAGCUGACGUCUGCGUAGCCAGUUGCAUACCUCUGACAAACUAAAUGGUAAUAAAGUAACAUUUUCGACUGUUAUUGGGAACGACGUGUGCAGAGAAAGCGACGGAGGAAGGCUAUUUUCCGGCUUGAGAGAGGAGGAGGGGGAAAGUUUGGCUCAUGGCUCUGCUUUUAGCUGCUUUAUUAAUAGUCUGCGGAAUAUCGAACAAGGCCAUCGUCAUCGGUCAGACCUGUGUGGAUGAGAGCAGGUUUAAGGAGCAGGUGGCUUAUUUAGGGCCUUCAUAUGUACUGCAGUGUCCUCUGCAGACACUUCAGCCUCAGAGUCUCCCCCGAUCCCUGUGGACCUGGCAGAAGGACUGUCAGCUGCUCCAGAAUGAGGAAGGGAACGCCUUCCUGAAGUUCUCCAGCAUCCGUUUAGAGGACCAAGGAAACUACACUUGUACUCAGCAUGGAAACAGUACUUCAUCAUUCACUGUUCGCCUCGUAGUAAAGGAGUCUCAGUGUGUUAAAGCUCCAGAUUUUAAACCAAACGGCGACCCAACCAAACUCUGGAGGAGUGUGGGCUCUGUUGUGAAACUUAACUGCACUGCUCUGCUCUACUGGGACCCAUCAGAGGAGCAGUGUGAAACCACACUACAGUGGAGCAAAGAUGGCCAGCCACUCACCAACCACACUCUCUACCUGCACAACACAACAUCAUGGUUCCCCGAUGCAGGCUAUCUGGUUGUCAGCAAUCUCUUGGAGUUCACCCUUAGAGAGGCAGAGGAUUUUGGACUUUAUAGCUGCACCGUGAGGAACAUUUCUGCUGACUUCAGCGUGCAAAAUUCAAACAGUCCCAGCCACACAGCUGCAGUGAUUGCAGCCAUCUUCCUCCUCCUCCUGCUGGGGAUAGCAGCCGUGGUUUACUCCAGGUGCCACCUGAAUUUCAAGCUCUGGUACAAGAACUCCUAUGGAGACUAUGAACUCAAUGAUGGAAAAUUAUACGACGCCUAUAUCUCUUAUGUCAACAAUGAUUAUGACAGGAAGUUCAUCAACUUUAUCCUCAAACCUCAUCUGGAGAAUAAAAAUGGGUACAAGGUGCACCUCAAUGACAACGAUAUCCUGCCUAACACUGAGCCUUCAGCAGAGCUCCUUAUGAACAUAAGCCGCUCGCGCCGCCUGAUAGUGCUUCUCUCUAACGCUUAUCUUGAGCAGGACUGGUGCACAAAUAAUUUCAGACAGGGCCUCCUGCACUUACUGGAGUUAUGUCAGCAGCCCAUCCUGAUCACGUUGGAGGGUCAGUUCAAACGCAUGAGUCCUGAGAUAAAGCAGCAGCUCAGUGAGAACGAGCACCGCCUCACCUUACUCACCUGGAGGCACAACUCUGUGACUCCUUCAUCAGCAUUCUGGAAGGAGCUAGCGUUAGCAAUGCCUCGCAGAGUCAUUUUCCACAAGGAUUCUGCAGGCGACCCCCAGACUGUACUGCAGGAUGAUAAGGACCCCAUGCUGACCCUUGACCCCGACUACUUGGACUGUCGCUCGGACACCGACCCUGCUGGAGAUUUGGGUCUUCGUCUUCCGAUGCACAGGGCUCUGGCCUGUAAAGCUCCCGUCCUUCCUGCUGCUCCGGUCGAGGAAGCUCAAGUAAGAGCCUCCGAUAUCGACGUCUCAGAUCUGGGAACUCGCAGCUAUGAAGCACGUUCAGAUUUCUACUGCCUGGUCACCGAGGACAUUUAAUUCCUGCUUAUAUUUAAAAUUCAAUACUAUGUAUUUAUGCUUCUUGUAGCUGUUUUUUUUUCUUUUGCUAUAGAUUAAUCAAAAUGCCAAUUUGUUAAUUAUCACAGAUUGAGCUUUUUAUGUUUUUCAGUUUUGUGACAUUGUGAAGAUGAGAAACACUAAAAGAAAAUUUUGGUUGAAUUUUGUAAAUAUUUAUUUUCUUUUAGUGUCUACAGGAGAAAGUAAAGAUAUAAAGACUUUGCUAUUUAAA